AUGGAGUCACUGGGCGUGUGGAUGGAGACGGUCAAGGAGGCGCCCCUGUUUUGGGGGAGCUUGGGAUUGACCACCUCCAUUUGGCUGCUGGAUAGUCUGUAUUUGACUGGACGUGAGCGUGCUGCCUGUCGCCGGAUGUCCGUGCCGGCACCCCUGGCCGGUCGUGUUUCGCAGGAGGAUUUUGAUAGCGCCCGUGAAUAUCGCUACGAGUCCCUCUCCUUUUCUCUCCUCAAGUCCUCGAGCGACUUUAUUGUGUCGACGGGCUUGCUCAUUGCCGGUUUCAUGCCCUUCUCCUGGCACCUGUCUGGCCAAGUGUCAGAAGCGCUGGGCCUGCCGCCGGCCACACACCCCAUCUGUCACUCGAUCGUGUUUAUGACCCUGACCUCGCUCUUUGACUUUGUUUCGGAUCUGCCCUGGCGCAUCUACGAGACCUUCUCGCUCGAGGCUCGCCACGGCUUCAACAAGCAGACCCCGGCGUUCUUCCUUAAGGAUCAAAUCAAGAUGCUCGGCGUCAACCUUGCCCUCGUCAGCCUUCUCCUCUCCGCCUUUCUCAAGGUGAUCGAGUGGGCCGGCGACAACUUCUUUUUCUAUCUCUGGCUCACGGCCACAGCCAGUAGCGUCGUGCUGGUUUUGGUUUACCACGACUUUAUUGCCCCCCUCUUUGACACCUACACUGAGCUGCCCCACGGCGACUUGCGCACGGCCAUCGAGGCCCUGGCCUCCAGUCUCAAGUUCCCCCUCACCAAGCUCUAUCUGGUUCACAACUCAGUUCGCAACAGCCAUUCCAACGCCUACUUUUAUGGCUGGGGCUCCAACAAGCGGAUCGUGCUCUUUGAUACUCUCCUCGACGCCAAACUCCGUGAGCAGGUCACCUCUGAGACGGAGGGGGCUGUGGCCGAGGCGGACGAUCAGGCAAAGGCCGGCGGUUGCAGCAUCCCUCAAAUCGUGGCCGUCCUGGCCCACGAGCUGGGCCACUGGCAACAUGGACAUGUCUACAAGACGUUUUUGCUGCAGCAGCUCUAUUUUUGCGGUAUCUUCUACCUCUUCCAACGCCUCUAUGGCGUGGAUGCCAUCUUUGAACAAUUCGGCUUUGCCAACGAACGCCCAACCCUCAUCGCCAUGACCAUCAUCUUUGGCUACAUCCUCUCACCCCUCAACACCAUCUGGAGCAUCGUCCUGACCGCUUUCACUCGCCGUGCCGAAUUCGAGGCGGACGCCUUUGCCGUGAAGCUGGGACAGGGCGAGGCCCUGUGUGAAGGUCUCAUCAAGCUGUCUGCCGAUAACAAGUCCUACCCAGUGCAUGAUUGGCUUUACAGCGCCGUGCACCACAGCCACCCUCCCAUCCUGCAGCGCCUGGCUGCCAUUCGCAGUAAGAAGCAGCAGUAG